UUUUUUAUUUAUUUAUUUUUAUAGCUAUCUUGCCAGCGGCCGAUGAUUGGAACGAUGGUGUUCUUCUACCCGUCAGCUUCGUUUUCGAGCAUCAUCUGAACAAGAGCAACUCGCCCCACGUUUACGUCGACAUAAUCCUCGCGGAUGAUCGCGCUCCACACGUUGAAAAUAUUAUGGACCUGCGAGGACACAGAUGCGCCAUUCCAAACAGAUGCGACAAAAUCUGCGCCACUUCAUUGCUCUUCAAUUAUUUGCGCACGAGAGGCGAGAACCCGGCGUUUUUCGGAAAUAUACUUGAUGGUAAUUCGCAACUUGAUGUGUUGCGAAUGGUUGUCGGGAAGCCGGCGGAAGUGGGUGUCGUGGAUGCACCGGUAAUCAGAUGUCACAAGAUGAACAUAAUCGGCGCAGAGUUUCUUCAAAUCCUUGCCAGUCUGGGACCUCUACCGCCUUAUCGCAUCAUGAUCAACAAAGUGCUAGUAGAUGUACUCGCCAAAGAGCUCACAACUUAUCUGCUAAAUAUCAAUCAGCACAAGGAAUGGAUGGACAGACUGUCAUUCUUCGGCAUUGUCGGUUUUGCCGAAAAUUCACUAGAUUUUUACAACCUGGACGACGUAAAAUCCGUAGCUACUAGCGUACCUUACUACUAAGCUUGUUUUAUAAUACAUAUUUAUUAUUUAUCUCUCUCCUAGUUUUUAUAUAUACUUUCUUUUAUUUGGGUUUUUUUCAAUAAUAUAAUCUUUUAUUAAAUCUAAAUAAAUAUAAUAAUUCACAAUUUUAUCCUCGGCGAUUAUAUACACGAUUCGUUAAAAAAAAAAUCUCUCUCUCUCUCUCGUCUCUCGCUCGCUCACUUAUUCUCUUUCAUUCUUUUUCUUUUGCCCAAUUUCGCUUCCUCUCUCGCGAUAGUACACGUUCCG